ACAGCCGAACCUAAGAAGGGAAUUUCCCUCACACAGCCAAGAUGGACGGAGCAAGAAAGAGUCGCUUGAUUUGGAGCGCCUUGGUUUUUUUCUUCCUGCCCACUGUAGGCAGUUGUUUUUGCGUGGCUGGGAAAUCUCAUUGCGCAAAUGGUAAAUGCAUUCCAAAACCCUAUUUCUGUGAUGGUGAGAACGAUUGCAGUGACAACUCUGAUGAAUUAUUUUGCCGCGUUGCUUAUGCAGGACGAUGUCCAGAUCAAUGGAUAUUCUGUGAAGGGAAGUGCUUUCCGGAAGAUUUUCGAUGUGAUGGAACUCCUCAAUGUAGAAGCGGAAUUGAUGAAGAAAAGUGCGUGCGAGUUACUGAACGUCCCCGUCCUGUAUCCAGUACAACACCCCGCUCAAUUUCCACCAGAAAUGCAGAAGUCUCUACUUCAUCUGAGAAACCAGCCGUACAUGAAAUAAUUGGUGUUAAUAAAUCGAAAUGGAGCUUGAGAAGUUGGUUUCUAAGUAGAAGAAAAAAUGGAACGACCAGCAACAAGUGGGGACACGAAUUACAUAGAACGGCAACGGCCCUUUACUUAUCGAACUCAGCCUUUUUCGCUCCAGGAAACCUCACCGGUCAAGAAAUGGCCUACGAACUCACUAUCCAAUUGCUCUCUAAAUUCUCCGAGAACGAAACAUUGUCUUCUGAAGAUUUAGCUUUGUACAUCAACGCAUUGCUAGUCACUUGCAUCGAUCCCAGAGAUUUCCAUGGACAUGACCUGGUAUCUGACCUGCGAAAAAGAGUGGAAGGAGAGAAGUACACGAAUCCAAUUGAAAUCAUCGCUCUUUGCAAUGCCGGAGAUACCAUGACUGCCAAAGAUGUGGAAAGAAUCUCGACCGCUUAUAAUUCUCAACACCGACCCUUCUGGAUAGAUAUCCAAGCUCUCUCUGCCCUGGCCAUGGUGUGUCUUUCUCGACUGCCUACCCUUACCGUGGACCAAAGGAAUCUGCGCGAUAUGGUUUCAGAACUAAAAAAGCGGCAGCACUUAAAUGGAACAGUUGAAAACUUGAAAACUACCGCUGUCGUACUACAAGUGUUGACUGCUACCAAUAGUUCCCGUUCAGAUUUCGAUUACGAAGCAGCCGUAAAAGCGAUUUUACAGCAACAAAAAAGUGAUGGAGCUUUCCCAACUUUCCUGGAAUCUUAUUAUAUCCUGCCGGCCCUGAGCAACAACAGUCUCGUCGGACUCAAUACCAGUCACUGUCAGAACUCAGAAAUGACAGAGCAAGAAGCUUUGAAGAAAUUCCGGAGCCAAGGUGGUAAGCGGAUCCAGGUGCAGUACUCCGUUUUCGUCGGGCAAGAUGUGGACUUCGCUCGCACGUGGAAACUCAAAGUUCCUCUUGGAAGUACUCUGUAUAAUGUAAUGGAAACUAUACAGAAACUGGAUCCAAGAUUUAGGGUAGAGUACAAUGUGUUCGAUGGGAAGCCUUACCCCAACGCGAUGUUCAACCUGGAAGAUGAUCCAGAGAGCGGUUUAUACUGGUUCGUCUACAAAAGAAGUUCAAGAUCAAACGAUCCGCAACUUUUGGAAGCUAGUCCCGUGGAUAUUAAAAUUCGAGAAAACGAAGAACUGAUCCUUUGGUACAAAUAUGAAGAUUGGGAUGAUCGUGAAACUACUCAGAGUGUGACGCCUGCAACUGAACCUCCAACCAGCACAGCAACCACUUCAAGUCCAUUUACUGAUGCUACUGUCGAUUACAUCACCGAUGCCUCGCUUAUUCAAUGAAUCUAUACAUUUCUUCUAAAAAUAUGUAUGCUUCAAGAACUGAAUAGCUUUUACACAAAGCGUCAAUAAAAUAUACAUCUAUAACGCACUGUAAA